UUUAUCAAAAGGGAAUGUAAAUAGUCGAUGUCGAUAUGAUAGUUAUAAAUACACUAAUAUUAGUUGUAUUUCUUUUAUCAUACAGUGUUUUUGGGAAAGAAUACGACAAUGAUGAUGACAUGUACAUGUUCGUAUCACCUGACCAACACUUACGUACGCCGCGGCUCGAGGACUUCUUCUGGACGGGCUCCGGCGACGGGCCUCCGCCACCCGACAGCGCAGUCCCGGCGCCUUCGCCAUCCACACCUAUCGUACGCACCACUACCGUGCUUGCUACUGUCUACUUGGAUUCUUAUCCACCCCAGGCGGUGACAGACAAAACGACCGGUGACUGCAUAUUAAACUGUGGAGAGUUGAGCGUGCCUGACAGCUUGGAGCCCGAAAUACCCGAAGACCGUCGCUAUUGGUUGCUAACCGUCAUACAAGGUUCUACUCCAGACAGUCUACAACUGAGACUGGCAAGAUUGUACCAGAAAGCGUUCUUAAGGCAGCAAGAAAGACAUCUCGGAAUUAUAAAGUCUCUUGACGCUCCUACACCAAGAAAGAAACACGAUGUUCAUUCCUUUGUUGUUAAUAAAGAAAACAAUUUAAAUCUUUCCGCCAAUAGUUCUGAACCAGAAAAAUAUUUAGAUAUUAACAAUUCUUUAAUAAACGUCAGUGAUUUCGUACUGAGUACGGUUACAACUAUAUCUGAAAAUAUAUCUUCUAAUACUUCGAAUACCUUUAGUCGUGUAUAUCCAGAAAAUUUAGAAGCAGGCAACAAAUCCAAAAUAUCUGAACCUGAAAAAUUUAUUGAACCUACAAAGUUGAAUGACUCAGAAUUAUGGGUACUGGUAACACCAACCGUAAUUUUAAAGAAGAGAGAAAUAUCUAGAGCUGAAACACAGAAUGUUCCAGACCUUAUCGACAUACCUUUAGAAGUGGAUAAGAGCAAUGAAACAAUGUUAUUUAAGAGAGAGAUACUAAAACCUGAGCAGCAACCACCAGUUCGUGUUCAUAUCCAAAAUAUAACAGAGUCAUCUGAGACGGGUAGCGUGCAGAUAGUGUACGUAGUGCUGGUGGGGGGGCGUGCAGUUCCUGCCGCGGUGGCCGCACGCGAUAUGCGCCUCGUCAGAGAUGCGGAGGUGGCCAGCGAGCUGGGUGCUGCCGUCACUACUAAAGCAGAGCCGUACCUGAAGGCGGCGGAGGGGCUGGAGGGGGGUGAGGAGGGGGUGCACGGUGUGGAGUUGUGGGCACUCGCCGUCGGCGCCACUGUCGCGGUCCUCAUUCUGCUGGUCCUUAUCGUACUGCUGUGUUUUGCUCACAGACGUAAAUCAAAGAAAUCAGCAGCAUCAUUUCGAGCAUACCGCAACGAGCUGAUGAGGGAAGUGGAACGCAGUCAGAUGAAACAAGUGCAUGAAGAACGGGACGGGAAGCUUAUAAGUGUGGUAUCACCGAGUAGAACAAGACCCAGCAGUACGUUACUGCCGGUGUACAGAGCGGGCAGCGCUUCGGGUUCAUCCACCACGUCAUCGGGUGUGUCAGAAGUGGCAGCAGCUCUCCGCCGCAGACAGAGGAAACCGCACGCCCUCAAAAUGUCGCACAAGAAGAGAGUGGGCACUACUGACAGCCUGCUGGUGUCUGCUGGUCUGGAUAGCUCGGACAGUGCGCCCCCCACAGCGCCCCACACCCCCACCUCAUAUCUCUCAAUGCCUUCUAUAGCUGCAUUUCCCAGAGGUAACACAGUGGAGCCUCUAUCUCGUAUCCUGGAGCCGGUGUCGGUGCGUCACUUGGACAUGGACAGUCCUCCGCCAAAGCCCUCUGGUCAGCCGCGUCGUCAGAUGACGUCACAGCUAGUGCGUCUGGGCAGCAUCGAUAAAGACCCCGGGGUCAUUGGACCUCUGGUCUGGGACCUGCACUGUCAGAGGAUCAAGAGUGCAUCAAAAUCAAAGAGUCCAGUGAAACAAGUCCCUCAAGAUGUCGCGGGAGGUCCGUCGCGCAUGCGCCAGCGCUUCAACGAGCUCGUGGACGACGCGUUCACAUUGUUCGGCAGCGCGUCCAGCGCCUCACACGACACAUACACGCUGGAUAGAGAUGAUAGGAGAGGGGACACUGAGGUGGGCGUUACGCAAGCUCGCAACGACAACGUACGACUGGCCACAGUUGACACCGCACGGGGCCGCUCUGCUGGCGCAGGACGGGGAGGUCGUGCGGGGCCGGGCGGGGGCGAAGCGCCGCGGCCGCGCACCUCAUUCACGAGGGUAGGUGAGCCUCGCGCACCGCCAGCACGCGCCUGGGGACACACACCUCCACAGUCGUUAACAUCUCGUGUGCCGGUGGUCAAUCCGAGCAUAAUACUAGCUGAGGGUCGUUUGCCAGCAGAUGACCCAGCAUUGCCACUCAUAUCAGCCAUCAAAGACGAAAUAAAACGCGUCCGAGACAACGCUAGUAAUAAAACUUAGGCUAAGUUAACUUAGGCUAACAAUGUCUAUGAAAAAUUAAAGUAAAAUCAUUUGAAAAAAAAAAACAAUUUGAUA